AUGUCCAAUCAAUAGGUAUAAUCUAACAAAUAGUAUCCUUAAUCUAAUUAAUAAUAAUACCCUUAAUAGUAUCCAUUAUAAUAUCCUUAAUAUUAAUAAGCGUAAAUUUAAUAAUCAAAUGAUGAAUAGUCAUAAUAAUAGUAAUAUUAUAAACCUUAAUAACAUCAUGAUUCAUAUUAAUAAGUUCCUCAUUAUCAAUAAUCCAUUCCUUAAAAUAAUGUUGCCUUUAAUAUUGAAGAAUAAUGUAAAUUUUAUAAGUUUAAAUAAAUAGAGAAAAACCCUUUGGAUGAUUUUGAACAUGCUGACUCUUUGUUAUGCAAUGUCGGAUUUGAUUAGAGAAAGAAUUUUAUUGUUAAAGUUUAUAGUUUAUUGACAAUCUAAUUAUUUGUGACAUUUCUUAUGGUUACUAUAGCCUGUUUUUCAUAGUAAUUUAGAGAUCUUUUAAUUAAUCCUAAUAAUUAUGAAGCAACACCAUUUUAUUGGACAAUGUUUUCAAUUUCAUUUGUGACAGAAUUAGCUAUUUUUUGUUUUAAAAAAUUAGCAAGAAAAGUAAUAAUAUAGAAUAUUAUAAUAAAGGUUCCAAAUAAUUAUAUUGCUUUGACAAUUUUUACAAUAAGUUUUUCUUUUGUUGUUGCUGGAUCAUGUGCACUUUGUAAAGAUGUCUUUGUAAAUGGUGGAACAUUAAUUUUAAUAGCUGCACUUAUGACAUUUGUUGUCACUGCUUCAUUAACAGUUUAUGCAUACAAAACAAAAAAUGAUUUUACUUUGGCAGGUAUAAUAUGAAAUUCUAUUUAGGUGGUUCAUUAUUCAUUUUUUCAUCUAUUCUAUUUAUCCUCUUUAUUUUUGCAUAUUGCUUCUUUGACCUUAUUCUUUGGCUCAUAUUAUGUUCAUUUUCUGUAAUUCUUUAUGGAUUCUAUUUAAUUUAUGAUACUUAAUUGAUUAUAGGAGGAAAAGUACUUUUUAUUUUUUAAUUAGACUCAUAAAUUAACGAUUGAUGAUUAUGUAAUUGGAACAAUGUUCAUUUACAUAGAUGUUAUCAUUAUGUUUUUGAGAAUAUUGCAAAUUCUGAUGAUAUUAUUUGGAAAAAAAUGA